GCGACCCCGGAAAAGCCUGCCGGAGCCGGAGCACGGGAAUCUGCUUCCGGGUCAGAGAAGGCCCGGCGGCGAAAUGGGGAAGAUGGCGGCGGCCUUGGGCUCCGUGGUUACGCUGGCGACCGAGCCGGGGGAGGACGCCUUUCGGAAGCUUUUCCGCUUCUACCGGCAGAGCCGCCCCGGAACCGCAGACCUGGGAGGGGUCAUCGACUUCUCGGCGGCCCAGCGCGGCGCGGGGCCCGGGGCCCACAAGGUGGUCAGAUCUCAGCUGAGUGUGUCCUCAAUCAGUGACCAUGAUGCACAUAGAGCAGGACUUCAGCCAGUCAGCAAGUGGCAAGCUUAUGGACUUGAAGGCUAUCCUGGAUUUAUUUUCAUCCCAAAUCCCUUCCUCCCUGGUUACCAGUGGCACUGGGUGAAGCAGUGCCUUAAGUUAUAUUCCCAGAAACCUAAUGUAUGUAACCUGGACAAACACAUGACUAAAGAAGAGACCCAAGAUCUGUGGGAACAGAGCAAAGAGUUUCUAAGAUAUAAAGAAGGGAAUAAACGGAGACCUCGAAGCUUACUAGAGAAACUGCGGUGGGUGACCUUAGGCUACCAUUAUAACUGGGACAGUAAGAAAUACUCAGCAGAUCAUUAUACACCUUUCCCUUCUGACCUGGCUUUCCUCUCAGAGCAAGUAGCUGCUGCCUGUGGAUUUCAGGGUUUCCGAGCCGAAGCAGGUAUCCUGAAUUACUACCGAUUAGAUUCGACACUGGGAAUUCACGUAGACAAAUCUGAGCUAGAUCACUCCAAACCCCUGCUGUCAUUCAGCUUCGGACAGUCUGCCAUCUUUCUCCUGGGUGGUCUCAAAAGAGAUGAAGCCCCCACAGCCAUGUUUAUGCACAGUGGUGACAUCAUGGUAAUGUCAGGUUUCAGCCGCCUGUUGAACCAUGCAGUUCCAAAGGUCCUUCCAAGUUCCGAGAGGGAAAGCCUGCCUUGCUGCCUAGAAACACCUCCCCCAGCUGUCCUCCCAAGAGACUCGGUGGUAGAGUGCUGUUCUGUGGAGGACUGGCAGGUGUGCACCAGCUACUUGAAAACUGCUCGUGUUAACAUGACUGUCCGACAAGUACUGGCCACAGACCAGGACUUCCCUUUGGAUCCCACGGAGAGUAAAAGAGACAUCACCACAGAAAGUUUCUGCCAUCUGGAUGAUAAUAGCCGAGUGAAACGAGCUAAGUUAGACCCUGAUAGCUGAGACUUGGAGAGCCAGGUCUUACAGUAAAUGACCAUGCUGUUUGUGUUGCCAUUGAUUUUGGCACCAAGACAAGUCAAAAACAGAGACAGGGAAAAACUCAUCAUUGAUUGCACUGUUGCCUGCAAAUUCAUUCUGAAGAGUGAACUAUUGAUAAAGAGUAAACUGACGUCACAUAACCAGGACUGGACCAGACAGGGGUUUGACGUGGUCCAGUCCUGCUUAGGCAGUGACGUAUGUGAGAAGUCCAAGGAGGUAUGACGUUCCAUGACAGCCUUCUCAGCCCCUGCCAUUACCUCGGAGGGAGGCAGAAGUGAUUUUCCAUGUCUUUGGAGUCUUUAAAUACCUUAGAUUUUAUUAAUGGGAAGCAUAAUAGCCCUCCCACCACCCCAUCUGGUGAUGUUGUGAUAAAAUUGUGGUUCCAUGAAUCAGCCAUUUGUCUUACUUUAUUCCAAUUAGCAUCAAAUAUUUUGAUCUUCCAUCUUCUCUGGCCUUCACAGAAGAAUCCUAUACACAUUAAGACAAUGGAAAUGGAAAUCUCACCCCCUAGAAAAGAAAUUAAUCACAGCCAUCUCUCUUGCCUGAAAGGUACAUCUUUAUAAACCCAAGGAAAGGGAACAGUAGUUUCUCUAGAUGUCAUUUAGGCCUCUAAACUCUUGCUGCUGGCUUUUUAAUGUGGUUUUAAUUGUUGGACUAGAAAACUCCCAAGGAUGUUCUGUAACUUUUUUCUCCGUGAUUAAACGUACUCUGCGUUAAAUUAAAGAUCUGUAUCUGUCUUUGAGAGUCA